AUGUCUUCCAAUAUUAGUUUGUUAGUAAGCUUUUCUAUAUGCAUUUUUUUGAUUUCGGCUUUCUGUGAUGAAGAAAUAAACGACUAUGGAUGGAAAACGAAUCUCGUUGAUGUCGUUCCGCAACAAAAAGAAAUAUGCAAUAUUGAAAUUCACGACGCAAAAGAUUUAUCUACACGGGAGUUUUUGAGAAGGUUUUCUAAUUUUUUUUUUCAUUCUGUCUGAACAAUGCAUUCAGGUACGCUUUCUCCGAACCUGUGAUUAUUAAAAAUAUUGAGAACGAUGAGUUUCGGAGGUUGACAUCGCGUGAUGAAAUGAUCAAAAACUGGUCCAAUGAGAAAGUUACUCUUAAUUCGGCUAAUACCUACAGUUACACAAGAGUAUGAUGAAACUUUUUCGAAAUAUUAAUUUAUUAUGUUUAGGUAGAAACUUCGUUUGGAGAUUAUAUUGAGAACCGGCUCAAGCCUCAAAAACUUGGAUAUCUUAGGAAACGAAACUUUAUAUUUAUUUGGCGAUAUCGACCAACGGUGAUUACUUUUUAAUUAAAAGAAAAAUUGGUAUUUUUAGAACGUGGGCCUCUCUGCUAGAUGAAUAUAAAAAAACCGAGAUGGGAACUUCCUGGACAUUCCCCAGCGCUCAGUUUUGGCUUAGCUGGAGCAGGUUAUCUUUUUCUUCUCGUUUUUUUUUUUUCAAUUUUGAACUUUUAUCGCACUAGGCAGUGCUUUUUGUUCUCUUUCAACUUCUAUCAAAGCUGAAAGCUGAGCGUAUGUCGUAAAAAUGAAUGUUGAAGCAGCUUAAAUGAGUUCAAAGCAAUCAAAUUGGAAUUUAUGUUAACUCAUUAACAUUUACGCUGCGUAAAGUCAUGUUAGGCUUUCAAUAGGAAGGUAAUAUUGUUUAUAAAUGUUUGUUCUUAAAAAUUUUCUUCACCUUGAGUUCAACUUGGUAAAAAAAACACAUUUGGUCGAAAUUUUUCGUUUUAUGUUUAAAAGUUCUAGGAACUGGUGUUCCUUUCCAUUUUCAUGGGCCCGGCUUCGCCGAAGUCAUUCAUGGGAGCAAACGUUGGUUCUUGUAUCCGUUUGAGAAAAGACCGAAUUUCAAUCCUGAUAAAACGACGCUCGAAUGGUGAACUUUCCUCUAUAACUAACUCUCAUAAGUGUAUGUUUUUCGUUGAAACAAAAUUACUUUUCAGGUAUCUGAAAGAUUACCCAAAACUGCAACGCGAAGACCUUCCUCUAGAAUGCGUUUUGAAACCCGGAGAAGUGAUCUAUUUUCCCGACAAAUGGUGGCACGCCACUCUGAACAUUGAAUUAAGUGUUUUUAUAAGCACCUUUUUAAGUCCCACCAAAUAAGAUAUUCAUAAUUAUCAUAUUAUAGAUAAUAAUUAUUAAAAAUAAAGUUAUUUAACUUAUUUAGCUCGAAGAAACAUAUUUGAUUGUGCAAUUACUAUAAUUUUUUUCGUGUACUCCUCUUCUGAAAAAAAGUUUACGUGUUAUCUCUUUUAUGUGAUGAUUUCAGUUCUAUGUGAUGCUUUUUCUUAACAGUUCGAUAUUGUAUUCAAUUGAUUUUCAAUUAAAAUAUUAAAUUUGAUACUUUUUCUGUGUUUUUUUUUAACGGUAACUAGUUUCACCGGUGAGUACCUUUUUUUUCUCGACUGCCUCUGUUUUUAUCAAUUCUUGCGUAGCAAUGGCAUCUAGACGACGCAUCGGUGUUGGCGCAGUGCAAAAAAAGCAGGAAACUGCUACCAAGGUUCGAUUUCUCUUUCCGUUUUUUCUGUUUUCUCGAGUUCUCAAAUCUUUCGAAAUGGUUCUUACCUUAAAAUCGUUUUCUACAGUUCGCUGCGAAGGGCGAGAAGCUGGCCGGGGAUCAGUUGCAGCAGUUUUCUCAACAACUGGACCAAUUAGCUCAAGGGUGGGUUACGAGUUCAUUUUUCUUGUUUUCUUGCAUUUUUUGGUUUUUUCUUGCGUUUUGAGCUUCUGGAAAGUAGAAAAAGUUUGGAUCUCUGAUUUCGCUCAGACUGGAGAUGUUUGCUCACCGUCACCGGGACGAAAUCAGGAAGAACUCGCAGUUUCGCCGUCAUUUCCAGGAAAUGUGCGCGAGCGUCGGCGUCGACCCUCUAGCCUGUAUCAAAUCUUCCUUUGCAAGACUUACAUCUCUCAAUUUCAGCUAGCAAAGGAUUUUGGGCGAAAGCGCUAGGGUUUGGUGACUUUUACUAUGAACUUGGCAUUCAAAUCGUAGAGGUAUUUUUUUCGUUUUUGAGUUCGUUUCAUUCAUCUUUUGUUAAGAUUUGUCUCUCGACUACUCACAUUAAUGGAGGAAUAAUGACUGUAGAAGAAAUUCGCAAUCGGCUGAUGAGGACGAGGUCGCGAACUCGCAAAGAGACUAUUUCAUUGUCAGUGUGACGUGUCCGUUCCCAAAAAAGUCUGAGUUAAUCAGUGACGACAUUUUGCGCGCCGUUGAGAAGCUCAAGGUAUUGGGCGGCGGCUUCGAGUUGGUUCCGCUAGGUGGUGGCCGAUUCCUCGUCCAGGUUUUUCUUCUUUUUCAGUCAACCCUAUUAGGGAUGUCAUUUUAAAGUGAAGUUUGGAUGUUUCUGUAAACUGGCCCAAAAAUCUGGGAAUGUCCAGAAGAAAACGAAUUUUUAGAAACUUUCGAACUUGACAUUAAAUUUAUUUUUCUUGGUAGAGGAACAAUAGAACUGAAUGGCUCAAGUUGAAUACGCGACUGAAUAAAUGAGAGAAAAAUUUUGUUUCCUCGAAAAACUCAUUUCAAUGGUUUGCUUAAUUUUUUCGAAUUUAAUUUCUCAUAUUUUAAAUUUAUUUCUUUGGAUUAUCAAGUUUUUUUUUUUCAAUUUUAUUAGGGUGUAUCAUAUAAAGUCCCAGAGUUGAAUUAAUGUAUAUUUACCUUAUUAAAAAGAUUUCCAGUCGAUUCCGGGAGAAUUGAGCAUGGAUCAUUCUCGUGUGCUGCAACUCGCUGAAGAUACCGCCUACGUCACUUUAGAGCUCAUUAUGGACCGUUUAAGGUCUGAAUUCGUUACCCUUUUGUUUUGACCAUUCAUUUCAGAUGGGACGAGGCUCGAGCUCAAUCCGUUCUAGAUUAUCUGGUCAAAGAAGGUCUUGCCUGGAUCGAUUCUCAGGUAAGAAUAGACAUUUUGAGAAACGGUCUCACACGGGAAGUGCGAAAGGUCGAGGUAUUGGAAUUUAAUAAAACUUGGUAUAUAGGUACUUCCGAACACCCUGAAUCCAAAGCAGUUGAAAAAAAGUGCGCCUUUUUGGUUCUAGUCGAGUUAGGGCGUCUCAAAGUUUGCACGCAAAAAUUGCAUUGGAAGGGAGGAGGGAAUGUCUUGCGGCGGCUAACUCUAGCUGCCAGCGUGGUGUAGUGGCUAGAGGCCUUGCGCUGUGAAACCUGAGGCAGGUUCGGCCCCUUUUUGGUGAAAUUUUUUUUGCCAAUUUUUUUAUUUGAAAAAUGAGGAUUUUUUGAUGAUGGAGUGAAAGAACAGCUCAAAAUUUUGAGAUUCACCGUUUUAUGCCCAUCUGAGAAAGAAUUUCGACAAAAAAUUUUUUUGCUCCAUUUUCCUUGCCUAACCAUAAGGCUUAAUGGUCGACCCACUUCUUCAAAAAAAUUUCUGAUGAACCAAUAAAAUCAAAUUUUUAUGAGAUUUAUUCUUCUCUCCUUCCUUUAUGACGUUAUGUGUCGAAAGCUGUGAAUCAAUAUCCAGCUUCACUUCAUUUUCGCAGUCGAGAAGAUAUGGCGAUGCUUCAGGGGAGGAAAAAUACCAGGAAGUGGGCUAACUAACCGCCACAUUUGAAGAAAAAAAUUGUUUGAUCAAUAAGAAUAGAAGCAUAGAGCUACAAUAAGUUGUUAUUCAUGACAUAAAACUAUGAACUCUCGCAAGAAUAAUCACGACGCUCAAAUUUCCUGCACAGAGCAUGACAAAAAAAGACUAAAAAUUUUUUGUUGAAAGUCUUUCUCAAAACGACAUAAAAUAGUGAGUUUUAACAUUUUGAACGGAAUUUUUCGUUCCAUUUUCAAAAAUUCAUCAAUUUUUUCGAAAAACUUUAAGGCAAAAAAAAUUUCACCAAAAAGGGACCGAACCUGCAUCAUAGGUUUCACAGCGCAGGGCCUCUAGCCACUACAACACGCCGCCUGCUGGCAGCUAGAGUUAGCCGCCGCAACACAUUCCCUCCUCCCUUCCAAUGCAAUUUUUGCGUGCAAACUUUGAGACGCCCUAACUCGACUAGAACCAAAAAGGCGCACUUUUUUUCAACUGCUUUGGAUUCAGGGUGUUCGGUAGUACCUAUAUACCAAGUUUUAUUAAAUUCCAAUACCUCGACCUUUCGCACUUCCCGUGUGUCAGAAAAAAAGAAAAUCUUAAAAAAAAAAUAAAUUUCCUUUUUUCAGGCGUCCGACACGACGCAAUAUUGGGUUCCGUCGCUGUUCCUUCAGCAGUAUUGCCACUCUUCGAGCAGCACUUCCGUGUCGGAAAGCAUCAAAAGCGUCGCAAUUUAUUGA